AUGGAAUCACUGCUGGACUUUUCUACCGAUCUCGAUGUUGCAUUGUUUGACCGUGUGGCCUCGACCUUUUUCAAGUCUGCUGGUCCAGAGCAACUUCUUGCCAAGCAAGUCCUUGAGCAGUUUCAGGAACAUCCUGACGCAUGGAAGCGUGUAGAUGCUAUUCUUGAGCGCUCGGCACUAGCUGAGUCCAAGUUUAUUGCUUUGCAGAUCUUGGAAAAGCUAAUUAAAACCAUGUGGAAGAUUCUUCCUCAAGAGCAACGUCAGGGUAUUAAAAACUUUAUUGUUUCAAUUAUUAUCAAAACUUCAUCCGACGAAACUUUGCUGGAAAAAAAUCGCACUUUAUUAGGAAAACUUAAUAUUGUUUUGGUUCAGAUUUUGAAACAAGAUUGGCCACAUAACUGGCCAACAUUUAUCUCUGAAAUCGUCUCUUCUUCAAAAUCCAAUCUAUCAUUAUGUGAAAACAAUAUGGUUAUUCUUAAACUUCUUAGUGAAGAGAUAUUUGAUUAUUCUGCUGAACAACUUACACAGCAAAAGGCAAAGAGCCUCAAAAAUCAAAUGUGCGGUGAAUUUUCUGAAAUAUUUCGUCUUUGCCACGAGGUUCUUGAAAAGGCAUCCAAACCUUCACUUAUCAAGGCCACAUUGCAGACGUUACUACGCUUUCUCAACUGGAUCCCACUUGGUUAUAUUUUUGAAACCAAUUUGAUUGACAUUCUACGUAACCGCUUUUUUGAGGUGCCGGAAUUUCGCAACGUUACCCUUAAAUGCUUCACUGAAAUUGGCGCUCUUCAGGUUGGACCAGAAUAUGAUGAAAAAUUUGUUUUACUUUUCACCAUGGUCAUGUCUGGAAUUUCAAACAUCAUGUCCAUUAAUCUUAAUCUUGCGGAUAUUUACGAAAAUAGUACAGACAGUGACCAGAAUUUUAUUCAAAAUCUUGCAUUGUUUUUCUCCUCGUUCUUUACCGUGCAUCUCAAAAUUGUCGAAUCAUCAGUGGCUGCCAUUCCUGCAAAUCGCGAUACUCUCUUGCUUGCCCAUCAAUACCUUUUGAAAGUAUCUCGAGUCCAAGACAGAGAGGUGUUCAAGAUCUGUCUCGAGUACUGGACAAAACUUGUUGCCGAACUGUAUGAUGAAAUGCAAGCUCUCCACAAUGUGGAAAUGCCCAUUCUUAGUCUGUCUCCUUCGAUCAAUCUUAGCAAUCGCAUGAACAGCGCCAACCUUCGAAAAAAUGUCUAUGCCGAAAUUCUGUCCGAAUUGCGUGUGGUUAUGAUUGAAGGCAUGGUCAGACCUGAAGAAGUUUUAAUUGUUGAAAACGACGAGGGUGAGAUUGUGCGAGAAACAUUAAAGGAGAGUGAUACCAUUAUGCUGUAUAAAAGCAUGCGCGAGGUUUUGGUCUAUUUGACACAUCUAGACAGUGAAGACACAGAGCGUAUCAUGUCAUCCAAGCUAGAGCGUCAGAUGAAUGGCGCAGAAUGGUCGUGGGAUAAUCUCAAUCGCCUGUGCUGGGCAGUAGGUUCUAUCUCGGGUGCUCUUCCAGAAGAUGCAGAAAAACGAUUUCUUGUCAUGGUGAUCAAGGACUUGCUUACUCUUUGCGAAAUGAAACGGGGCAAAGACAACAAGGCUGUUGUUGCCUCAAACAUCAUGUAUGUUGUUGGCCAAUAUCCACGCUUCCUGAAGGCUCACUGGAAGUUUCUCAAGACGGUUGUUAACAAAUUGUUUGAAUUCAUGCACGAGCUUCAUGAAGGUGUCCAGGAUAUGGCAUGCGACACUUUUAUUAAAAUUGCACAAAAAUGUCGUCGUCAUUUUGUUGUUCAGCAGCAAAAUGAAAUUAUGCCUUUUAUCGAGGAGGUUCUUGCGACAAUUGACACCAUCACAUCUGACCUGCAGCCUCAACAAGUGCACACAUUUUAUGAAGCCGUUGGCAGCAUGAUUUCAGCACAGCCCAACAAAGUACAACAGGAACGUUUGAUUGUCAAGUACAUGGACUUGCCCAACUGUGCUUGGGACAGUCUUAUGGCUCAGGCAGCCGAAAAUAUUGACGUGCUCAACAACAGUGAUAACAUUAAGAUUCUUGCUAAUAUUCUCAAGACAAAUGUAUCUGGAUGCAACUCGGUAGGACCUGGAUUUGGUACCCAGAUUGCUCGUAUUUUCAAUGAAAUGCUAGGUCUUUAUAAGGCUGUGAGCGAAUUGAUUUCCCAGGCAGUUGUUACUCAAGGUUUAGUUGCAACCAAGACUCCGCGUGUUCGUGGUAUGCGCACCAUCAAGCGAGAGAUUCUUAAAUUGAUUGACGUUUAUAUUAGCAAGGCAGAGGAUCUGAAUGCACUCAAUGAGACCAUGAUUCCGCCACUUCUUGAGGCUAUUUUGGGUGAUUAUGCCCGCGGUGUUGAGCCAGCCAAGGACUCUGAGGUGCUGAAUGUGAUUGCCAACGUUGUCACUAGAUUGGAGUCACUUAUGACCGACAAAGUAUCUGGUAUUUUGGAUUCUGUGUUUGAGUGUACUCUCAACAUGAUUAAUAAGAAUUUUGAAGAGUACCCUGAGCACCGUGUAGCCUUUUUCAAACUCAUGCAGGCGAUCAAUGUAUCCUGCUUCCAGGCUUUGCUUAGCAUGCCCAGUCCGCAAUUCCGCCUGUUUUUGGACAGUAUUGUAUGGGCCAUUAAGCACACGAUGCGUGAUAUUGGGGAUGUUGGUCUCACGAUUAUCCUUGAUCUGCUCAACAAUUUUUCCAAAUCAGACGCAACUAUUGCGAAUGCCUUUUUUCAAACGUAUUUCAUCAGUAUUCUGCAGGAUAUAUUUUUUGUACUCACUAGUACGUCACAUAAGUCGGGUUUUAAGCUUCACUGUAUGAUUAUGAUGAAGAUGUUCCAGUUGGUAGAUUCUGGUGCAAUCACUGCACCUUUGUUUGAUCCCAACAAUGUGCCCAAUCCAAGUAUUGGCAAUGCAGAGUAUGUGCAAGUGUAUGUUGCGGAUUUGCUUUUGAGAGCAUUUCCGCAUCUUCAGCAGAAUCAGAUUGAGCAGUUUGUUUUGGGUCUAUUUCGACUACAUUUGGAUUCUCUGGCAUUCAAAGGACACUUGCGUGACUUUUUGAUUACUCUCAAGGAGUUUGGAACUGAUGACAACCAAGAGCUGUAUUUGGACGAGCGGGAGUCCGAGGCAGCCAAUCGCAAAAAGGCAGAUUUUGAAGCAGCACUCAAGAUUCCAGGUAUGGUCAAGCCAUCAGAACGUCCAGAUGACGGCAUGAUGGAUUAAAGCUUUGUUGCCUCUAAUGGAAAAAACCACGUGGUACUCUAUAACAUUGCGAAACUGGGAGUAGAUUACUAUGUACAAGCCAGAUGGAGUUGUGGUUGAUCUACCCACCUUCUACCCAACUGUAUGUCACCUCACUUCUACCAGCCUCUUAUCCAAAAAUGACCUGGUAUUGCGGCUAUAUAUUUUUGUGCUUUUUCUAUUUUUGUUUGAAAUAAAAAAUCAUUACAUGCCU